AUGCAAUGCCUUCGCUUAUGCGAAUCUGGAGGCACAUGGAUGGAUGUGGUGGAGUUGACAUCCCUCUACUAUGAACUGCCUCUGCAUUGUUGGUGUUUGCUUGUCUACAUUUCCUUUUUUCUUGUCAUGAGGUUUUGUUUGAAGUUGUUUUGCACGCGAACUUUCAGACCCCGUUGUAGCAGGAUAUUUGACGCUUAUUUAAUUCAUUCUCUUCAGCAGGCGAUGUCGGCCGUUCCUCAUCUACAAAAGCAACUGCGGGAGCUGUCGACAAGUCCCCCUGCCGGUUUCCGCGUGGAAUCGGAGGAUCUCUUCACUUGGACGGUCUGGUUCUCUGGCCCAGAAGGCACCCCGUACGCGCCAGGGAUUUACAAGGCGGAGCUUCGUUUUCCAAAGGAGUUUCCCAUGAAACCCCCUGUUUUCAAGGUGCUUUCUUCCUUUUGGCACCCCAAUGUUUACACCGAUGGUAAGGUGUGCAUCUCCAUCCUUCACCCGCCUGGCGAGGAUGAGAUGAAUACGGAAGAGACGGCCAUGAUGCGCUGGACACCGAUUCAAACAAUUCGCUCGGUUCUAUUGUCAGUUGUCUCACUGCUCAGCGACCCUGACCCAAAGGAUGCCGGUGCCCCCGCAAACGUUGCAGCGUUGGUUCAGUACCGCAAAGACCGCGCGGCGUUUAACUCUCACUGUCAGCAGCUGGCGCAGAAGUCGCUGUCAGAGCUCCCACCGAAUUUUGUCCCACCGAAGCACGAAGAUCGUGUAGAGUACCCUGUGAGCUACAUCUCUGCUGUGGAAAUGGACUACGAAGAUGAUUCCGAGCCCGAGGGGCACACAGCUCCGAACUGCUUUGGCGACGAACUCCGCCAGCUUCGGGAGAUGGACGUUGCGCCAGAGAAGUCAGAUAGUGAACUACUCAGCAUGCUUAUGGAGGUGAAGGGUGACGUGGCAACGCUGAUGGAACGGUUAAUGUGA